AUGGGUGCUUCACCAGCUAAGUUCCUGUUCGGAUUCCUCUUUGUCUUCAUCGUACUAUGGAUUUCAUUCAUGUUUACUUCCCGGUUACUGGCCUGGAUCCUCAGUCGAGUUAUGGGAGCAUCAAUUGGAUUUAGAGUUGGUGGAUGGAAAUGCUUGAGGGACAUAUAUCUGAAAUUCAACAAGGGUCCUAUUGAAUCCAUAUCUGUUGGUGAAGUCAGAUUAAGUUUACGGCAGUCCUUGAUCAAGAUUGGGGUUGGCUUCAUUUCUAGGGACCCAAAACUACAGGUGGUAAUAUGCGAUUUGGAAGUUGUAAUGAGAUCUUCAACAAAAACUACUAAGAAAACCAGAUCUAAAAAAUCUCGCAGCCCUGGUAGAGGAAAGUGGAUGGUCUUGGCUAACAUGGCUAGGUUUUUGUCAGUUUCUGUGACUGACUUGUCAUUGAAGAAUCCAAAAGCUACUUUGGAUAUUAAAGAACUGAGGGUAGACAUAUCUAAAGAUGGUGGUUCUGAGGCGGAGUUGUUUGUGAAGUUGCAGCUUUUUCCUAUCAAUGUUCACCUUGGAGAACCGCACUUGACAUCUGGUGGAUCUUCCUCUGGUUGUCAGUUGAUAGAUGGGGUUUGUCCUCCUUUCAGCUGUGAAGAAUUCUCACUCUUGUGUGAGAUUGGACAUAAUAGGGAAACAGGUGUAGUUGUCAGGGACUUGGAUAUUACAUGUGGACAAGUUUCUGUUAACUUAAAUGAGGAACUUCUGCUUAAGAAAAAGGAUCUGCGUGACAAAUCUUCUCAGCCUGCCUCAGGAGUUGUACAGGCGGUGGACAAAGAAUCCGUCUCUGCUAAAAAACCGCAGGGAGAAAAAGCAUUAUCUGCUGUAUCUAUGUUACCGGAAAAGGCCGCCUUCACUCUACCUAACCUUGAUGUAAAGUUUGUGCAUCGGAGUUAUGGACUUAUUAUCGACAAUAAUAUUAUGGGAAUCCAACUGAAAUGCAUGAAAUCUUGUUCUAUAGAAGAUGUGGGAGAAAGUGUAAAACUUGAUGUCCAGAUGGAAUUUAGUGAGAUUCAUCUCCUUAGAGAAACUGGCAUCCCUGCCGUGGAAAUAUUGAAACUUGAUGUUGUGUCGUCCAUUUACAUACCACUGCAGCCUAGCUUCCCUAUCAGAUCCGAAGUUGAUGUUAAGCUUGGAGGUACACAGUGCAACUUACUAUUGAACAGGUUAGAAUCAUGGGCUCGCCUUCGCCAUCCGCAGAAGCCAAAACAAGGAUUUUCAGAAGAUAGUCAUUCCAAACUGCAAUCACAUUUAACUGAACAGAAACCAAUCAUGUGGACAUGCACUGUUUCUGCCCCAGAGAUGACUGUUGUGCUUUUUAGCUUGACUGGCUCACCACUAUACCAUGGUUGUUCACAAUCAUCACACAUUUUUGCCAACAACAUAUCUGGUACGGGCACAACACUGCAUUUGGAACUUGGUGAACUUAACUUGCACAUGUCUGAUGAAUAUCAAGAAUGCCUGAAAGAGAGCUUGUUUGGUGUGGAAACAAAUACUGGGUCAUUAAUGCACAUUGCUAAGGUCAGCCUGGACUUGGGGAAAAAAGAUAUGGAUCCACUCGAAGAUGGUUUGAAGUCUAAGAUGGUUCUUGGUGCUGAUGUAACUGGUAUGGGUGUGUACUUGACCUACAGGCGUCUUGAAUCACUGGUAUCAACUGCUCUAUCCGUCAAGGCCUUAGGGAAAAAAUUAUCUGCUUCGAACAAGAAACCAGCACAAAGCAAAGGAAUGCGGUCGUCCAGACAAUCAGGCAAGGGGAUUCAACAUUUGAAUCUCAAUCUUGAAAGGUGUUCUGUCAAUGUCUGUGGAGAUGUGGGCUUGGAGGACAUAGUUGUUCCGGAUCCCAAACGUGUUAAUUAUGGAUCCCAAGGUGGUAGAGUUUUAAUUACUAACUCAGCAGAUGGGACCUCACGCACUGCUCACAUUACGUCCACAGUCUCAAAUGAAGCCAAAAAGAUGAAAUAUACUGUAUCUCUUGACAUUUACCACUUCAAUCUUUGCAUGAACAAGGAGAGAAAAUCUAUGCAGAUAGAUCUUGAAAGAGCUAGAUCUAUUUAUCAGGAGUUCCCUGAAGACAGUAAUGCCGGAGCAAAAGUUGAUCUGCUGGACAUGCAGAACGCAAAGCUUAUUAGACGAUCUGGAGGUACAAAGGAAAUAGAGGUCUGCUGUCUCUUCAGUACAACAGAUAUAUCGCUAAGAUGGGAGCCUGAUGUGCAUAUUGCUUUAUUUGAACUAGGGUUGCACUUGAAGUGUCUAACUCAUAAUCACAAGCCCCAGGGACAAAAUGAUGGCGAGAAAAUUGAAGAUCGGGAGGUUACAAAAGAGACCUCUUUGGAAUCUGUGAAGAUUGAAAAACCAGUUAAGAAAAGACAAUCCAUAUUUGCUGUUGAUGUGGAGAUGCUUACUAUAUCUGCUGAGGUUGGAGAUGGUGUUGAAACCUUAAUCCAGGUCCAAUCCAUCUUUUCUGAGAAUGCUCGAAUUGGCGUGCUUGUUGAGGGGCUUAUGCUUCAAUUCAAUAAAACUAGAAUUUUUCGAAGCAGCAGGAUGCAAAUAUCUCGAGUCCCGAAUGUCUCUGGAAGUUUAUCUGAUGUAAAAUCUGAAAACGUGACUACCUGGGAUUGGGUAAUUCAUGCUAUUGACGUUCAUAUAUGCAUGCCAUUUAGGUUGGAGUUGCGUGCCAUUGAUGACGCUGUGGAAGAAAUGCUGCGAGUGUUGAAGCUCGUGACUUCUGCUAAGACUACAAGUAUAUCUUCUUUGAAAAAAGAGCCAUCAAAACCCCCCAAAAAGUCUAGUUCAACAAGAACUGGAUGCAUAAGGUUUGGCAUACGUAAACUAACUGCUGAUAUUGAGGAAGAACCAAUUCAGGGUUGGCUGGAUGAGCAUCACAAACUUUUGAAGAAUGAGGCUCGUGAGUUAGCUGUUAGGUUAGAUUUUCUUGAAGAACUUAUUUCUAGGAGCAGCCAAGGUCAUAGUGUUGGUGAAUCAAAUGAUUCAGUGGACGGAAAGGCAUUUGCGCCUCCAAAGCCUUCCCCUUCUCGCCAAUAUGCCCAAAGAAAACUGCAUGAGGAGAACAAUGCUGUUGAUAAACCUGAUAUCCAGAAAAGUAAUGAUGACCAAAUAUCUUCAUCUAUCACUGCUGGUGCAAGUUCUUCGCAGGUCAUGGACAUCUCAAAAUCUCCUUCUUCUCCCUCUCAGUCAGAGACAAUGGAGAAUUCUAUUACUAGUGCAAUUGCAAAAUAUGGGAACAUUGAUGACUCUGAGGAGGAGGGCACACGCCAUUUCAUGGUGAAUGUUAUUGAGCCACAGUUCAAUCUUCAUUCGGAGGAGUCUAAUGGUAGGUUCUUGCUCGCUGCUGUGAGCGGUCGUGUUUUAGCGCGGUCAUUUCAUUCAGUUCUUCAUGUCGGCUAUGAGGUGAUUGAACAAGCACUUGGUGGAGAGAGGAUCCAAGUACCUGAAACUCAGCCUGAAAUGACAUGGAACCGCAUGGAGUUCUCUGUUAUGUUGGAGCAUGUCCAAGCUCAUGUAGCUCCAACAGAUGUGGAUCCAGGGGCUGGAUUGCAGUGGCUUCCUAAGAUUUGUCGGAGCUCACCAAAAGUGAAGCGUACUGGAGCUUUAUUGGAAAGGGUUUUUAUGCCGUGUGACAUGUACUUCAGAUACACAAGGCAUAAAGGAGGAACUUCCGAUUUAAAGGUGAAGCCCUUGAAAGAGCUUAUUUUCAAUUCUCAUAAUAUUACUGCGGCAAUGACAUCCAGACAAUUCCAAGUGAUGCUUGAUGUGUUGACCAACCUUCUCUUUGCCAGACUUCCUAAGCCACGCAAGAGUAGCCUAUCAUAUUCAGCCGAAGAUGACGAAGACGUUGAAGAGGAGGCGGAUGAAGUUGUUCCUGAUGGUGUUGAGGAAGUAGAAUUGGCAAAAGUUGAGCUUGAACAGAAAGAGAGGGUCCAAAGAUUGAUUUUUUAUGAUAUCAGGAAACUUUCUCUGCCAGGUGAUACAUUUGGGGAUCCACAAGCAGAAAUGGAAGCGGAUCUUUGGAUGGUGACUAGUGGAAGGUCUACUCUGGUUCAAAAAUUGAAAAGGGAACUCAUAAAUGCACAAAAGUCUAGAAAGGCUGCAUCCGCUUCUUUGAGGUUAGCUUUGCAGAAAGCUGCACAGCUACGAUUAAUGGAAAAGGAGAAAAAUAAAAGCCCCUCUUAUGCAAUGCGGAUUUCCUUGCAAAUCAACAAAGUUGUGUGGGGAAUGCUCGUUGAUGGAAAGUCUUUUGCUGAAGCAGAGAUAAAUGACAUGAUUUAUGACUUUGACAGAGACUAUAAGGAUGUAGGUGUAGCUAAGUUCACCACAAAGUACUUUGUUGUGAGAAAUUGUCUUCCGAAUGCUAAGUCUGACAUGCUCUUAUCUGCAUGGAAUCCUCCUUCUGAAUGGGGAAAAAAAGUGAUGCUCCGUGUAGAUGCAAAACAGGGAUUCUCGAAGGAUGGAAAUUCUCCUCUUGAAUUAUUCCAGGUGGAGAUCUACCCUUUAAAAAUACAUUUGACUGAGAGCUUGUACCGAGUGAUGUGGCAGUAUCUCUUUCCAGAAGAAGAACAAGACUCCCAAAGGCGACAGCAAGUAUGGAAAGGCUCGACUACAGCAGGUUUAAGGCGUGCGAAGAAAGGAACAUUAGUUAGCGAUGCUUCCACAUCUGGCAAUCAUUCUACAAAAGAUGCUGAAACAUCAAAAUCAAGUACCUUUAAUUUUGCAGCUUCAUCUGCAACUAACCAAUCUGGCAUUACUACUGAUUCUUCCCAAGCAUCAAAACUACAAAAUUCCAAAACAACAAAACCCGAUCUCAGGAGAACAUCUUCCUUUGACAGAACAUGGGAAGAGAAUGUGGCAGAAUCUGUGGCUGAUGAACUUGUACUGCAUCUGCACUCUUCAUCAAAACAUGGUUCUGCUCUUACCCUUGAACAGCAAGAUGAGGCCACUAAGACUAAAUUAAAAGACGUAAAACUAAAACCCGGCCGUUCGUCGCACGAGGAGAAGAAAUCGGGAAAAUUGCCAGACGAGAAAAGAUCUCAACCUCGAAAGUUGAGGGAGUUCCACAAUAUCAAGAUCAGUCAGGUUGAGCUGCUGGUUACGUACGAAGGAUCAAGAUUUGCCGUGAGCGACUUGAGGUUGUUGAUGGACACAUUCCACCGAACUGAGUUUGUUGGUACUUGGAGGAGGUUGUUCUCUCGUGUCAAGAAGCAUAUUAUAUGGGGAGUGCUGAAAUCCGUCACGGGCAUGCAGGGAAAGAAAUUCAAGGAUAAAUCACACUCUGCCACAGUGGCCGUCCCUGAGAGCGACCUCAAUCUGAGCGACAGUGAUGGGGGCUCGGCUGAGCGGGGCGAUCAGCAGAUCCCAAUUGCGUGGCCAAAGCGCCCUGCCGAUGGAGCUGGGGAUGGCUUUGUGACGUCCAUAAGGGGACUCUUCAACUCCCAGCGGCGCAAGGCAAAGGCCUUUGUCCUGCGCACAAUGAGGGGAGAGGUCGAAAACGAGCUGCACGGCGGAGACUGGAGCGAGAGCGAUGCUGAGUUCUCGCCGUUUGCGAGGCAGCUCACCAUAACCAAGGCCAAGAGGCUCAUCAGGCGCCACACCAAGAAGUUCCGCUCCAGGGGACAUAAAGGUUUAUCUUUGCAGCAUAAAGGGUCAUUCUCCGGACCUCCCAGAGAGGGCUCACCCUUUGAAGGAACACCCUUUGAAGGCACACCAUAUGAAGAAAGUGAUUCUUCUAGUGGAUCCUCACUUUAUGAGGAUUCCCAAAUAGAGUCCAGAGAUAUUUUGAGUCAGUCGUAA